AUGCGUUCAGUAUCCGCAAUGAAAUGGUAUUCCAAGGGUGAUGCAAGCGACAAUGAUGCCUCAGUGAGAUCUUUGGUCGAUUCCAAUAGUGAUGCCAUGAUGUCUCUUCCAUGCCAUUCAUCAGCAUAUACACGGAUUUUUAGUAAACAAAAUUUAAGAUCAAACCUUCUCCCUACUUUUUUACAAAAAGACAUAGCACAAAGUGUGCUAACACAAGAAAACUUAUCAAAAUUUAAGCUGGGCUGUUGUGCAGAGAUACUUUUUAGCUCCCCAACUCCAACAGUGCAUGAUGAGCCUCAAUAUUCAGCUCUUGAGUAUGAAAUUAUUAAAAGAUUAUGCAAUAAUUGACAUUUUAUUUAAGACUGAUAGCUUGAGAUGACCAUUUUAUAUGAAAAAAAAUUUUUUUGCAUAGUCAAUUUUCUUGAUAUAAUGAAGUACAAUUAAAAUAUAUAAUAAAGUAUAAGAGAAUUGGAGCCUUCAAACAAAAUAAAUCCCUUUGAGCUAGACAAAAUCAAGGAAGCUUUCAUAUGGGUUUUCGAUCCAAGGUUUGGAGAGGACAGAAAAGUUUUUAAAAUAGGCCAUAGGACGAUUCUCUCACUCUGCCAAUUAUGCUAUGAAUUGAGUUUUCACUUAUAAUAAUUAUAUUAUUUUUUUUAAAUGAAAAUUCAAAAAAUGUUUGAAUUUAAUCAAUAUUAAAUUACGAGAGUUAGGCAAGUUUUUGGUCUUCAGAGAAGGUUUAGGCCUAACAGAAGAAAUACUUAACUGUUAUAUGUCUAUUAUUGUACAAAUGAAUCGUAACUUAUUAAACUAUAACAAAUUAGCUGCCAAAGUGAUGAUUGCUGACUCACAGUUUUCAGAGGCGUUAAUUCUAAAAGGGAGAUCGAUUAUUCAGCCGAAAAUCAAUAUCCCUUUACAAAGAAAAUAUAUCAAGUAUUGAUACAAUAUUUUCUUUUUUUUAUAUAAAAAUAAAAUUCUGAAUACAUUAUAAUUCCUAAAUUUUCAUUAAUCAGUAUAUUUUAAACUACGACUUAUUGAUGUUUCCAAUACAUACAACUUAUUGGUCGCUUUUAUUGGUGAACAUGAAUUUGAAUACAGUUACAUAUUUUGACCCUUUUACAGAUGCAACAGACACUGAUAUUUUUACUAACUCCCCCCCCCCCUCCCGUGAGCGAACAAAAAAAUUUUGUUCGCUCACGGAGGGGGGUUAAUUUUUUUUUUUAAAAAAAAAAAUUUAUAUAUAAAUUUUAUAUAAAAAUAUUUUUUUCGAAAUUUAAAAAAAUCCUAAUUUGCAAAAAUUGGGAAGCAAAUAUUAAUUUAAUUUGCAAAAUUUAUGUUUUAAAACGCAAUUUGUUUAAAAUUAAACAGAAUUAGCUCUAGAUUUCAUUAUACUAAUUAUCACUUAUAUAUCAAAAUUUUUUUCCAUUAAAAUUUUUUCUAUUAAAAAAAUUUUUGUUCACUCACGGAGGGUGGGUUUUUGGUCAAAAAAUGCCGAUUUUUCUAAUGGUUUUGUUCGCUCACGGAGGGGGGGGGGGGAGUAAAGUAAUUAAUAAAUUUGUUCACAGAGCCAUAAGAGCUCAGAAAUUAACUACUGAUCAUAUUCCAGAGUAUCGCUACAAAGGAGCUGAUUGCUUUAGAGGAAGCGGUGUUGACAGCGGAGUUGUUAUAUGCAACAUUGCAGAAUCUCUUGCAAUUGGGAAACAGCUCUGCAAUACCAAGGAUUUAAUCGAUACAUAUAGAAGACAAAUGAUGAUUACUUUAAUAAAAGCAAGUUUUCAAUAA